AUGACAGUUUAUCAGUCAGUAGCUCAAUGGAAGUUGAUGACCGCCUCUCAUACCUGGAACAGCGUGUCCAGCUUCAGGAAGAUGAGAUUCAGCUUCUAAAAGCAGCUUUGGCAGAUGUGCUUCGGCGACUCAGCAGUUAUGAAGAGCAAAGUCAGUUUUUUGGAAAAAGAAUUGGACCCACAAAAAUGAGACAGAUCCUGCAAGCUUUGCCCUCCAAGCCUAGCUUUGCUAAUGGGUACAUCCCACAGAGGCAGCUGGGUGGUUACCCCUCAUCUCCAUCUUCUCCAAAGAAGGAAAUGGUACCACGCUAUACUAGCAGUUUCUCAAGGAGCGUGUCUACAGAGCGGCUGUCCAGCCUGAGAAGGGAAGGGUCUGCAGAUUCCCGGAGCAGGACAACUUCUUCUAGCAGUUCCUCUAGUGGGAAAAAAGAGGGAAAACCCAAAGAUGCUGUCUUCAGUGCAGAUGAUGGCCAUGUUAAGAUGUUCCUUCGAGGCCGUCCAGUUACUAUGCCCGUUCUGGAGAAGAUGAAGGACACUUAUAGCUUGAAUGCCCGAUCAGAGCUGCCAGCCAAGAGUUUGAAGUUGCACUGGGUAUAUGGGUACCGUGGUCGUGAUUGUCGUUGUAACCUCUUCCUUCUUCCUACUGGAGAAAUUGUUUACUUUAUAGCAUCAGUGGUGGUCCUAUAUAAUCCAGAGGAACAGCAACAAAGACAUUAUAUGGGUCAUAAUGAUGACAUUAAAUGCUUGGCUGUUCAUCCUGAUAUGGUUACCAUAGCAACAGGACAAGUAGCUGGGACAUCUAAAGAUGGCAAGAUGCUACCUCCUCACAUUCGUGUUUGGGACUCUGUCAGCCUGAAUACCCUUCAUGUUUUGGGCAGUGGUUAUUUUGAUCGGGCUGUGACCUGUGUGGGUUUCUCAAAGUCGAAUGGAGGAGCAUACCUCUGUGCUGUCGAUGAUGCAAAUGACCAUAUUCUGUCUGUCUGGGAGUGGCAGAAAGAGAAGAAAUUGGCAGAGGUGAAGUGCUCUCAGGACUCUGUGUUGGCAGCACAAUUCCACCCACUGGACUCCAAUUUGAUUCUGACAUGUGGGAAAUCCCACAUCAACUUCUGGACCAUUGAAGGAGUCACACUAACUAAAAAGCAGGGUCUUUUUGAGAAACAUGAGAAGCCCAAGUAUGUGCUAAGCAUCGCAUUUGCAGAAAAUGGAGAUGCCAUUACUGGGGACUCCAGCGGGAACAUCUAUGUUUGGGGAAAAGGUGGCACUCGGAUCACCUUAGAACUCCGUGGCGCCCACGAGGGAGGUGUUUUCUCACUGUGUGUGCUGAAGGAUGGGACCCUGGUGUCUGGUGGUGGGAAGGAUCGUAAAUUAGUUCUCUGGGAUCGAGACUAUCAGAAGCAGGAAGAACUCGAGGUUCCCGAAUUACUGGGACCAGUGCGAUGCAUAGCAGAGGGAAAACUGAGUGAGAUUUUUGUGGGAACCACACGUAAUGCAAUAGUGAAGGGAUCAUUUGGCGGAGAGAUGCUUCCUGUUGUGCAGGGUCACAUGGAUGAGUUAUGGGGUCUGGAUACACACCCAACACUGGAACAGUUUGUGACUUGCGGCCAGGACAAGCUGAUUCACCUGUGGGAUACUACCACCCAUAAACCACUGUGGAGUAAAUGUAUUGAGGAUGCAGCUCGUUCUGUAGGCUUUCACCCAAGUGCUACUGUACUUGCAGUCGGAACUAUGACUGGAAAGUGGCUAGUGUUGGACACGGAAACACAAGAUUUGGUGUCGACCCAUACUGAUGGAAAUGAGAUCAUCUCUGUGGUGAAAUACUCCCCAGAUGGGAUGUUCCUUGCUGUCGCAUCUCAUGACAAUGUGGUGUAUGUCUACAGUGUAUCUGAAGGUGGCAGAAAAUAUACCCGUGUGGGAAGGUGCACUGGACACUCUAGCUUUGUGACUCAUUUGGAUUGGUCAAUUGACAGUCAGCAUUUCGUCACCAACUCUGGGGACUACGAAAUCCUUUACUGGAAUGCAUCCACAUGCAAGCAGCUGACCUGCAUGGAGACCGUGCGCAAGAUGGACUGGGCCACAUACACUUGCACUCUAGGCUUUUCAGUCUUUGGAAUCUGGCCAGAAGGGGCUGAUGGUACGGACAUCAAUGCAUGUAACCAAUCACAUGAUCAGAAACUACUAGCCAGUGCAGAUGAUUUUGGAAAAGUGCACUUGUUCUCUUUCCCCUCUUCCCAUCCUCGGGCCCCAAGCCACAUGUAUGGGGGCCACAGCAGCCAUGUGACCAAUGUUGCCUUUCUCCAUGAUGACAGCUGUCUGGUUUCCACUGGGGGUAAAGACAUGAGCAUACUGCUAUGGGCUGUCGUCUAGACCUGCCUUGGCAGUGGAGAGUCCUAUCUGGCUCAGCAAGUUUCUAGAAUGGAAAGUGGGUUGGCACACACCUGGGAGCAUGCAUGUGCAUGUUUAUGUUCACAGAGAAACCCUUACAAACAAUUUCCCUGACACAAACGUACACAAGACACCCCGCCUCUACACUUGUAAUCACAGGCACAUGUAAGAAUAUGCAGCGAAGCAAGUUUCAAGUCUCCCACUCAUGCAAUUAGACACCCUGACAUAAUCUCCCACAAAUUCACAAAAGCAUGAACACAUGUGAACCAAUGGGCAUGGAAAGAAAGUAUUGCUCUAGUUCUGCUCAUGUCUAAACAAGAUUGCUGGUUGUUUGUGGAGUUUUAUUAUAAAUAAAAGUUGUCUUAAAGUUUAUCACA